CAGCUGUCCACCUGUCCUCCGGUCCGCAGUUCGCAGAUCGCAGUUCGCAGCUCGCAGUCCGCUCGAGAGUGCGAGUGCGUGGUCUGCCAUCGAGGGGUAUAAAAGUAACGCAAUGCACACAGUCCACUUACAGUUGCAAUUCUUCCUCCAAGCCAAGUGAUUCGUUAUCCAUCGCUAGCAUGAAACUUCUGAUCCUCACCUCUCUGCUGGCUGUGGCCACUGCUGCUCCUGGACUCCUUGAUUAUGGACACUCGGCUCCGGACUACAGCUACGCCCAUGCCGCUCCUGCCAUAACAUAUGCAGCCGCAGCUCCAGUCAUUAAAUCCUACGCUGCUCCAGCCAUCACCUAUGCGGCUCCAGCUCCGUUGAUCAAGUCCUAUGCCGCUCCAGCCAUCAGCUACGCCCAUGCUGCUCCUGCCAUCAGCUACGCCGCUCCAACGGUGGUCAAGUCCUAUGCUGCUCCUGUGGCGGUCAAGGUGGCAGCUCCGGCCACCAGCUACUCGCACUUCAGCUCGGUUGUUUCCCAUGCCACGCCCAUCGUGAAGUCCUACGCAGCGCCUGCCAUCACUUAUGCUGCUCCAGCUCCGGUGAUCAAGUCCUAUGCCGCCCCAGCAAUUAGCUACGCCCAUGCCGCUCCAGCCAUCAGCUACGCUGCUCCCACGGUGCUCAAGUCCUACGCGGCCCCAGCCAUCAGCUAUGCAGCUCCUGCCCUGGUCAAGUCCUACGCUGCACCAGCCCUGUCCCUGGGUGGAUACGGCUACCACUAAGCUCCGCACCGAAACCAAAACACUCCAAAUCCAAAUCGAUCCCAGAUCGGAGUUGGACCAAUGGAAGCAAUUAACUGCGAGGAGUCGCAGCAGCCGAGCACGCUCUCCCACUUUUCCAAUCUGUAGUCGCAAAAUCUUCACAAUCUUCUCUGUUUGCUUCUUAUUUAUUUAAGAACUAUUAAUAUUCUCUCAAAUGCACAAUAAAGAAAAAUUCUAUUUUUC